UGGACACCAGCACAAGCAUGUGAAAACCUCGGUGCUCCAAGUGUAACCAUAUUUCUCGUGUUCCCCGGUUAAUAUAAUCGUGAUAAUGGCUCAAAGAACGAUUAAGCUAUGUUUGUUUGGUGCUCUUGUGAUUGUAGUGUUUGUAAAUGUUACUGAAGGUCAGGUUCGCCGAUGCUUCUCAUGUAGGUCACGAGGUAAACUGGGGGACUGUAAGGACCCGGCCAGGUUCAAUACUUCUCGCCUCAUGCCGGGAGUCGAGGCAGUGCCCUGCGCUUCUAGCUGGUGCUCAAAAAUCAUCGAGGGCAAGAAAGAUGGUGAAGAUCACGAUUUAGCAACGGAGCGACAGUGUUUACAGAGGUCGCCACCAGAUGGCAAACAACGCUGUGCUGAGGCUUUAGUGGGCAAUAAGAAGGUGUUCAUCUGCUUCUGCCGUGGUGAUCUCUGCAACUCUGGAACUAAAGUUUCACCCUCACUGCUGCUACUGUUAUUGGCUCCUGCUGUUCUGCUGCUACUCCCUGUUUGGUGACCAUUGCUCCUGGGGUUGCCGUGUGGACAUACACAAAUGGGCAAAACAAUCUCCGUUGAAACAAUAUUUCUCUUUUUAAAAAAGUACAGCCUUUUUCAAGUCCAAAUGAAGGCAUUAUUUGUGUACUUGCGUCUCUAACCACACACUUAUCAAU